AUGACAAUUUCGAUUAUUCCACUAGGUGCAGGUCAAGAUGUAGGAAGAUCAUGUAUUCUAACAAAAAUAGGGUCGAAAACUGUUAUGUUUGACUGUGGAAUGCAUAUGGGUUUUAAAGACGAAAGAAAGUAUCCUGAUUUUAAAGCAAUUAGUGCCACUCUAGACCCUUUAAUAAUAAAUGAUUACAUUGAUUUGGUAAUAAUAUCUCAUUAUCAUUUAGAUCACUGUGGUGCACUACCUUUUUUUACGGAAAAAAUAGGCUAUACAGGUCCAAUUGUUAUGACCUAUCCUACCAAAUCAGUUUCAUCCGUUUUACUUUCUGAUUGCUGCAAGAUUAUGGAACAAAAACUAUUAUUGCAGAGAACGAACAACGACGUGGCCCUUGCAACAAAUGAGGUUAUAUCUAAUAGCGAAUAUGGUUUUUUUACUGUUUCAGAUGUUUGGAGUUGUAUGGAAAAAGUAAAAGCUAUUCAGCUUCAUCAAACUAUCGUUGUUUCAGGGAUAAAAAUUACUCCAUAUUAUGCAGGCCAUGUCUUAGGUGCUUCAAUGUUUCAUAUUCAAGUUAACGACGAAUCUAUUGUUUAUACUGGUGAUUUUAAUAUGGUCAGAGAUAGACAUCUUGGGCCUGCACUAAUACCCAAGCUGUUACCAAGUUUAUUAAUAUCAGAAAGUACAUACGCAACAUACAUUAGACCUUCGAGACGAUCGACUGAAAGAACCUUCUGUGAAAUGGUAUACUCUUGCUUGAAGAGAGGUGGGAAAGUAUUAAUACCUGUAUUUGCAAUUGGUCGGGCACAAGAACUAUGUAUACUAUUGGAAAUAUAUUGGCGAAGAAUGCAAAUAAGGUUCCCAAUAUUUUUUGGAGGUUCAAUGACAGAAAAAGCCAAUUCAUAUUAUCAGUUAUUUACUAAUUGGACGAACACACCACUGGCCGAUAAUAUUUUUACUUUUCCACAUGUAAUGCCAUAUGACAAAUCCAUUUUGACACUUUCAGGGCCAGCAGUACUUUUUGCAACACCUGGGAUGCUUAAUACUGGACUUUCUCUCCAGGCAUUUAAAAUGUGGGCACCUGACUCAAACAAUCUUACGAUUAUUCCUGGCUUUUGUGUAUCUGGCACUAUUGGCUCGAAGAUUAUUAAUGGUGCAAAGCGGGUGUUCAUUGACCAAAAAGAUCCUUCUACUUGCAUAGAAGUAAGAUGUAAUGUAAAAUAUCUCAGCUUUUCAUCCCAUGCAGAUUCAAUUGGAAUACAAUCUCUUAUUUCUCACUCGGAACCGCAAGCUAUAGCAUUUGUUCAUGGAGAAAAACAAGGAAUGCUAAGUUUGGCAUCAUUCAUAAACUAUGAACUUAAAAUCCCGUCAUUUUGUCCACAUAAUGGUUCAAUUACUUCUUUACCCACUAAAGGGAAAAACAAAUAUUUAUGUUAUCUAUCAAUUAAGUUUUCAUUGGCACAUGCUGUCAACCCAUUACAGAAUUUAACAGAAAGACAAUUAGAAGUCAGAAAUAUUAUUGAAGAGUUGAAGAAACAACAAAUAAACAAUUCUUUUGCUUUUUUAUUUGGAAAAUACGUUCUUUCAAUUUCCCAAAUACAUUCAUUGAUUAUCGAAUAUUAUGCCACACCUCAACUUUUUCCAAUCUAUGUAUUUACUUCUAAGUAUAUUAAUCGUGGCUAUUCAUUUGUUCUGACAAAAAAUGAAUUAUAUAUCUAUAUAAAAGGAACUUACAAAACUUUACAGAAAAAAAUAAUGAAAGUUAAGAUUCAACCAAAAAAAAAUAAAACUAUAUGUGAAACAGAUAACUCAAUAUAUCAAGAUAAAAUUCUCCAAAUAAAAAGCUCACUUCAUAAAACCAAUUAUUUCAAUUUGCUGUUUUAUUUUGAAAUAUAUAACAUUGAAAUUGUAAAAUUGUUAACUGCAAUACUAAAUUUAGUAAAUAUCAUUAGUAAACAAUUUAUUAAGAAAAAAAAUUGCAAUUUAAUAAAACAUUGUUUUAAAGAUUUAACAAUAAACAAUAAAUUAAUGAAGUCAUAUUUUUAUGAUGAUUUUGCUAUUAUCACUUACAAAAGUUUAAUUGCUAAAAUUAAUGCUGAAAGCUACCAAAUAGAUAUCAUUAAGAAUUUUUUUUCAAGCUUAAUUAAAGGUAAACCCAGCUUUGAUCUCAAGAAAAGUACUGUAAGCAAAAUAGCAAUUUCGUGGUCCUUCAUCGAUAAUAAAAGCAUCGAAAUAUCGGAUUUUAUCAAUAUUCUUGAAAAGAAUUAA